AUGUCCUCCGAUGCCAAGUCAGUCUACAGUCAGCAGGAGCACCUGCAGAUGAAAUAUGUCGGCACUGGCCAUGCCGAUACUUCAAAGUGGGAAUGGGCGGUGAACCAACACCGGGACACGUAUGCCGCGUACAUUGGGCAUUACUCCCUGCUAGCGUACAACUCAGUGGCGGAGAACGAGAGUAUCGGGCGUUUGAAGUACCAGUACUUGCAGAAGAUGCUCUCUCCUUGCGGCAAACCUCCCAAGAAGGAAGAUGAUUAA